AUGAGCUCUACAACUCCGAGCGACAGGUUCCUUCAGCCGCCCAGUGGCGAAGAAUACCAGCCUGAAUACCGCGCUGCUUCAGCCUAUACACCGCUUCACACUUUUCAAUUGCCCAAAGCUGACACCCGACAGUAUCAGCAACAAUAUGGCGAUUUGUAUUUCUUGCGUUUAGCGAAACUCAAACCGGCAGCAGAGAAGAUUGGACGAGAUGCGUGGGAUGGAUUUACUAUUGCUGGAGAGAAGGCGCGCAAAGUACCGAGAGUCCUGGAUGUGCGACAGGGAGACUUGUGCUGGGUCACUGGAACCGUCUACAUGGACCUGCCCUUGAAACCUAACAUCCUCGAUGAUGUUGCAAAAGACAACUACGCCUCAGCCCCUCCACCUCGACAGACCUAUAUCGAUCCCUCGAACCCGAAUACCACCCAGAUAAUGUUAGAAGAUGAGUCAGGUCGUCUCAGAAUGACGGGAAUUCUGCUUCGAACAACGCAUUUAGUGACUGGCGUUAUUAUCGCCGUUCUGGGUACGGAGAACUCGAAUGGUGAUUUUGAAGUUAUCGAUAUCAAGGUCCCUGAUUUCCCAGCUCAGCCGCUAAGGUGGGAGAUGGCGCCAACAGACAAGACAGAACCCACAAUAAAACGCACGGAAAACACAAGCGGCAAAGCCUCGAAAAUAGCAUUCGUGAGCGGGCUAGGCAUAACUGGCUCGUCGAGCGAUAGUCUGACCUUGGAGCUUCUGACAGAUUACUUACUAGGCUACACAGGACCUGGAGGUGAAGAUGAUGAAUCCCCGGCGAGGAUAUCUCGAUUGGUCAUUGCAGGAAACUCGUUGGGCGAUGUCGAAACAAUAACUGCCGCAGCAGCUAUGGAUGGAGAUAUGGCUCAGAGGAAGAAACAGGCACCCAAAAAAUACGGAUACGAUGCUUCGGCGUACAAUGCAUCUCCUAUUACUCAACUCGACAAUUUCCUUUCGGAGUUACUUCCCAGUAUACCGGUGACAUUGAUGCCAGGCGAGAGCGAUCCUGCGAACUCCUCUUUACCUCAGCAAGGGAUUCACCGCGCAAUGUUACCCCGGGCGAGGAUGUACUGCUCUGACGGCCAGCCUGGAGAUGCAGCUGUAGAACCGGGCUGGUUCGACAACGUCACGAAUCCUUGGGAGGGCUACGUUGACGGAUGGCGGCUGUGGGGAUGCAGUGGACAGAACGUGGAUGACGUUCUCCGUUAUCUAGACUUUUCCGACGAGGAUGGAAACCCCGGUGCAGAAAACGAUGGAGAAACUAGCGUUCGCAUCAUGGAAGCCAUGCUCCGGUGGAGAUGUGCAGUGCCGACAGCUCCUGAUACACUAUGGUGCUAUCCCUUCCAGACACAUGACCCAUUCAUUCUUCAGGCCUGUCCACAUCUGUUCUUCAUUGGCAAUCAAUCACAAUUCAAGACCAUCGUGGUAGAAAGCGAGCCACCACCAUUCAGAUUAAACGGACCAGAUUCAGAGAUGGCCAAUACUGAGGAUGAAAAGCCACCAACGCGUAGCCAGAGAAACAGUACGAAUUAUGAAAUAUCCGUUGGAUGCCUGAGCAAGCUGGCACCAUACGGGAGUGCCGCCAAGUACGGCCAACGUGUGAGAAUUUAUCUGAGGAUAGAUGAAUCAUGUAAAGUGAUUAUCUUUUCCUCAUCAGAAGUACGGCUUAACUUAUUACUCGUGCCAGCCGUGUCAACAUCGGCCGUUUUAUUAGUGCCCUAUUCCAAACGCCAUGUUCUGAAAUAUCACGAAUGGAUGAAAGAUGAGGAAAUCCAACAAGCAACAGCAUCCGAGCCCCUGACUCUGGAAGAGGAAUACUCUAUGCAACAAAGCUGGAGACAGGAUGCCGACAAAUUGACGUUUAUUGCUUGUUUGGCUCUACCAUCGAGUAGUAACACGGCAUUAUCGUCGGGCAAAGACGAUGCGCCAGAUCGGAUGAUUGGGGAUACCAAUCUGUUUUUACGGAUUGAUGACGAUGAUGGUGAUAGCAACGACAAACAAAAGGAGGUUAAUGUAAUAGGCGAGAUUGAGCUUAUGAUUGCCGAGAAACGGAAUCAAGGCAGAGGAUUUGGACGUGCUGCGCUGCUUAGUUUUCUAUGGUUUGUUACGAGACAUGAGGAUGACAUUGUGCGCGAGUUUCUGCAAUCGGCUGCAGAAGGAACAGAGAACAAGAAGAUCAAGUGUCUGAGUGUCAAGAUUGGGCAGGACAACGGCAGAAGUCUGGCGCUAUUCGAGUCCCUUGGAUUCGAGAAAGUGGCUCAAGAACCGAAUUAUUUCGGGGAGUUUGAAUUGAGAAGGUAUAACUUGGAGGAAGGGGAGGUUGCUAGACUCGCGGAUAAAUAUGGUGUAGGCGGGUAUAUAGAGUUAUACUAUAACGACGAACUAGACUAG